AUGGUGAGGUUUUCUGUGGGUGGAUCGGAAGGCGAAGAAGAUAGGGAUUCAAUUAACAGCAAAAGACCCGUCUCCGACAAUAGCCGAACCUCCACCAAUGACGGAUAUCAAGAAAAAGACGAACAUGGAACAUACUCCAUUAGAUUCUCCACCGAUAAACCUCGACCCUCUAUAACCUUCACCAAGAAGCCUCGAUUCUCGACCCCCAACGAGGCCGUAUGCGCCACAACCUCUGCCGCUCGUCGGCAAAGAGGGAAACUGCAAAUAUUUGAUGAUGAUGGAAUCUUUGGUGGAAUCAUUGACGAAGAAGAAGAAGAACCUAAGGAGGAAACGAAAGAAGAAGCGCACGAAUCUUCAGAUAAAGAGAAAACAGAUGGGCAGCUUUCCGUGAUCUUGUCGGACCCUGAUGUGCUUGAUUGCCCCAUUUGUCUUGAGCCCCUCACGCUUCCCAUCUUUCAGUGUGAGAAUGGGCAUAUAGCAUGUGCACCAUGCUGCACCAAGAUGUUUAACAGAUGUGGAAAUUGUUCUUUGCCGAUUGGUUACAACCGUUGCAGGGCCAUCGAAAAGAUUGUUGAAUCAGUCAAAAUCUCUUGUCAAAAUGCAGACUACGGCUGCAAACAGACAAUACGUUACAGUUAUAAGCUUGAUCAUGAGAAAGCAUGCACUUAUAUGCCUUGUUCAUGUCCUCAUGUUGCCUGUAACUACGUUGGCUCCUCCAAAGGCUUGUAUACGCAUUUUGAGCUGAAUCAUUCAAAUUGUUCCCUGCGAUUUCAUUUCAGUCUUAUUGUCUCCAUUUCCUUGGACAAAAAUCAGAAACAACUCUUUCUUCAAGAAAAGACUGAAGGGACACUUUUUAUCCUUAAUCGCUCAAUCGAUCGUCUUGGAAGCUUAUUCAAUGUUGUUUCUGUCGGACCAUCUUCAACCAAGAGAAGAUACUUUUAUACUCUUACAUCGAAAGAUGGAGAGAGCUCAAUCAAACUAGAGUCAGUUGCAGAUAACAUGCCAAAAUGGAUUGCACAGCCUCCUGUGAAAAAAUAUCUUCUGAUUCCAAAUGAUUUUAUUGGUUCCAGUGGUGAGCUGAAGUUGGAAGUUAUCAUAUGGAGUCCCCUUGAAUCUCCCUAA